GCCUGGCGAGGAACGCGGACUGGUCCCUCGCGGACUGGUCGCUCCAAUUCGCUGUCAUGUCGCUCCCGCGCCCCGCCCUGCAAGUUGCUGAACUCAGGCGGCUUGCCUCUUCUCUACCGCCUCCUGAGGGCCCUGAUUGCCAACCGCCCAGUAGCAAGAGGCUCCGUCGUGAGGAGCCUGGCGGUGUCUCUGAGGCGAGGUGGCGGCUGCCUUUGGUGCCUCGCUUGUCUGAGGUAGAAAAAAUCUGGGAGUUGCCACCCAGACCCUUUAAGGCACUCCUUGUUUCAACUAAUGCGAAUUUUGAUUACUCCACAGACUCCUGUGUGGAGAAAUCAGUCAGUGGGAGGCAGACAUGUCAUCUGGGAUGCCAAAAUAGCAAAUUUCAGAUGAAUAGCUGCUUGCAGUCACUUCCCUCACAAAGUUUUCAUUCUGGUUUGAGGGCUUCAGGAAGGUCUUCUGAACCAGUACCUAAUGAAAGAGACGUUUUCAGCCUGCACAACAGCGACAGAUCUAAAGCAGAGGUUAGUCAACCUCUGUCCAACACCUCCGUACAUGAUACACAUAGAAUUAAGAACGUGAAUGGAAAACAAUAUUUAGUCCAAGAGACCAACAAUAGUCAGAAAGACAAUAGAUAUAUAAAACAGGCAGAAAAUUCAUUUUUAAAUGUUACCUUUUACAAGGAAGCUAAAGCAACACCUCAUGAAAUUAAGAACAGAUGUAAAGCUGACAGUGUUAUGCCAUCAGAUAAAAAGGAAAAUAACAUUUUAGCAACUAUACUAAAAAUAUCAGAAUCUUCAAACCAGCCCAGCUUGGAAAUUGCCAAACCCUGCUAUUUUAGAGAUAAUAGCACAAUAAGUAUCCCUGAGCUUCCAAUCGAUUUAAAUAGCAAAAUGUCCUCUGUCUAUUUAAAGGAAAUAGCAAAGAAAAAAAAUGACAAAAAUGAGGCAUAUGUUAGAGAUUUCACAAACAUCUACUGUUCUCAAAAUAGACCUGAUGUUAAGAAGCAAAAGUUACAAAAUAAUGAUAAUAUUGUGGAUGUAGAAAAUACCUUUUCUGAGUAUUACGAAAGUAACCACCAAUCAUUCAGCAACCAAAUCACUUGCAAGAGAAAAAAAGACUCCAUCACUUUCAACUACUAUAACCACAAUAGUAUCAAGUGUGAUGUAAGAGUCUAUGAGAAGAAUAUCCCUAUGAUACUAGAAAAUGUAAAAGAAGCAGAAAUAAGCCUGGACAGUUGCAUACCUACCAAGUUGGAAAAAUCUCAAAGCUGGGGCUGUAACACUAGAUAUAUUUUGAAGAGAAACAGGGAAAGUUGUUGGGCUAUGAAUAAUUGCAAGACUAAAUGUGAAAAUAUGAAAAUAGAUGGGGCAAAAUUACAUUUGCAACAAUUAUUAGAAAUAGACCUUUUAAACAAGGAAGAUUAUCACAAUAUAAGAGCCAUGAACACAUAUGAAGAACCAUCAAAAUCCUUUAUGAUAGGAAUACUGGGUAGUCAAAAAGCUUUAAUAAAAAUUGUUUGCUUACAUGGCAAAGAAGAAAAUGAUAAUAUGCUUCAGUUGAGAUAUUAUACUACACAAAGACGCUUACAUUUAAGCAACACUUUUGAAAAUUUCAGUACAGAAAUUUUUUGUUUUCAUAAAAAUAUUUCAGGAAGUCAAAAAGAUAGUAGUAUUUUAGCCUGGCACGAAGCUUUGAAGUGCAAAAAGAAAAUUGAGAUUCAAAAUCUAAUAACCAGGAAUAUGAAUAUUGAUAGAAAGAAUGAUGAUUUAAGCACAUAUACACAGACCAGUGUUCCAGAAUCUCUAAAUAUUAUAUUGAAAACCAACAGUAACCUUGACUCUUUAACAAAAAUUGAAAAUGAGGUUGAAUUAGAAGAGGAAUGCAUUUUCAAAUGGAUAAUUUAUUUGAAUUAUCUGAAAAUUAUCGUAGUAGAAAAUCAUUCUGCAUAUCUAAUAAAGAUUUUAAAUUUUUCAUGGAUAUUAGAAGAUAAUAUAAGACCCAUGUUAAAGAAAAGAAAACUAUUUCAAACUGAAGAAGUUUUUGAAGAAUCUAAGAAAAAAACCAUCAGUUCCUUCAAUAUGACUGCUAAAAACAUACAUUUUCCAAUUUUUGAGACUUAUGAAAAAAUUCCUCUUUUAAUGGACUUUGAUGAUAUGGAUGACAUUUUUUUGACAAAAGUAAUUAAUUACAAGGAUAAUUGUCCUGAAGGUGUCAUGAAUGUGGAAAACUGGGCCAAUUUUAGUCCUAUUACUCUUAAAAAAAAUGUUAAGAGUGACCCUCAGUUUAUUCAGAACUACCAAAGACACACUAAUGAAAAAUUUUAUGAAAUAAGUAUGCACAGCCAAGAUUCAGACAGUGAAAGAAAUCAGGAGCAUAAUAAGAUCACUAGCUUUAAUUCUGAGUGCAUAUCUGAGGAUUUCUUUAGCUUUAAUUCUGAGUGCAUAUCUGAGGAUUUCUUUAAGGUCAAGCUACUGGCCAUUCCGGCAAGCCACGUAACAACAUGUGGUCAACAAACCAGUACCAUGACUAUAACUCAGGUGCCAAAUUUUGGGACCUUGCUAAGUGAAAUUAAAGAAAAAACAUGUGAUGUCAUUUUGAAGGAAGAAAUGAAAACCACGUCACAAAGUUUAACAAAGAUUAACCAAGUUCUUAAACAUAUUAAGAUGGAAAAUGAAGAGAAAGACAGUUUUUCUUUAAUGGAUAGAAUGUUUUCUGUACAGUCAGUUUCAUUAACGAAUAUAAAAAUCAAUGUGGAAGAUUCUAUACAGACAAACCAAAUAUAUGUUAAUCAAAACAAUGUUGCUGACAGAAAUGAAUAUGAGAGCAUUUUUCAAGGAAAUGAGUUAGCUAAUUCAAAGCAUUUUCAUCCAAAGAAUGACUCUACAGAAUGUGUUAAUCACCACUUUGAAAUUGAUUUGAGUGCAGGGAACAAUGAAUGUUUUCAGGACUUAACUGCUAAGUGUUUAUCAACAGAAGCGUUGACAAUAGGAAAAGAUUUUGAAAUGAGGAGUAAAUUUGAUUUAGUACUUGAAGAACUUCAUCUGUUUCAUGAAAUUAGUAAGGAAAAAGAAAUUUUAAGCACUGUGGAAACAAACAACAGGCAAGAAAAUUACUCUGGAGAAAGUAAUGAUGCUGAGGAGGUAGAAAAGGAGAUAAAAAAAGAUUUCAAAGUGGUUACAGUCAACAAAAUGUGUGCACCUUCUUUGCUGUGUGAUACUAGAGAGAGAGCAGGUCCUAACAUGCAUAAAAGACACCAAAGUUCAUUUAAGUGGAAAACAGAACCCAAUAGUGGAGAGCAGGAAGUUCCUAAUCAAUAUUGUCCAAGAACAUCAGAAAAAGAAUUACUCUAUUCUACUUCUGAGGAAGAAUGUGAAAAACCCUUACCUCAAAGGCCUGCUUUGUUUUCUGAGGAAUUUAAAGAAGAAAACUGCAAUCAUUUACUGAAGGAAGGUAGCCAUUUUUCCCAUGGAAUUUUAAGAAUACAUCCACUUAAGACGUGCAGUCGACCAAUCAGAAUUGGUUUGUCAAGAAAAGCUAAACUUAAACAACUUCAUCCUUAUCUGAAAUAAAUAUGUUACAAGAACCUGAAAGAAGAUAUUGGAAGGCAGAAGCAUGACUGUAACCCUGUCCAGGUGUUGCCUCUGAGGAUCCUGCACAAGGGUCUUCCUACAGCAGGGCAGAGCUGGAUGCCUCUGGGCAGGAGGUUUGCCAGCAGAGCUAAAAGAGUUGUAACACUUGAUUUUGCAGGGCAAGAGAGGCCCGAGUGUGCCCCGUGGAGGGGUUGCACACCUCACUACCUGGGCGGCAGUGCCCAGGUUGCAUGGCAGCAAGAGAGACCUACAGGCCCAGGUAGCUCAAUGGGAGCCAGUGGUGGAGGCCUAGGAGAGCUUAGUGGCAGAGGCUUGGGAGAUUCUGUGCAGGAGUCUUCCCACCUAUGA